AUGGUGAGAACAAGAGCCGAUGAGCUAGAAGAAUCCUCCACUGCUCGGCUAGACCGAAUGGAGAGAAUGAUUCAAGAUAUGGCAGAAACACUAAGACAACAAUGGCAGUGGCAAGAGCAGUGGCAACACCUACAACCCUCACCUCCAGUACAACCUAUACCGGAUUUUCAUAAUGAUGCCCGAAAAAUAGUCCUGACUAAAGAAUUCAAGAAAAUGAAGUCACCAUCGUUCUGCGGGGGUGUGGACCCGUUGAAGGCCGAAGCUUGGGUCCUUAGUAUUAAGAAGUUAUUUGAAGUAUUCCCAUGCGUAGAGACACAAAAAGUACAAUUGGCCACCAUUACACUAGAAGAUGAAGCAAGAAGGUGGUGGAUGCUAAUCUGUGAUGAUAACAAGGGCAUUGACUGGUGUGUCUGUGAUAGAAAGGUGUCAGAAUUUGAAGAACUGAAGCAAGGCAAUCUGACUGUAGCUAAGUAUGAAGCCAAGUUCACUGAAUUGGCUAGAUUUGCUCCGCAUAUGGUUGACACCGACUAUAAAAAGGCGAGAAAGUCUGAAAAUGGUUUUCGUAAUGACAUCCUGGAAAGGGUGAAUGUGUUAAACUUGCCCACUUAUGUUGAUGUGCUAGAUCGAGCUUUAAUGUCAGAAAUUAAGAUGGCCAACCAUAGUAAACCACCAGCUGAUUGGAAGGCUAAGAGGCAACAUUCUUUUAGGGAAUAA